CUUUCUCCCGCCCCAGGUGCCGGGUCGCAGGUACCCCCGGCCUGACAUGCGAUAGAAGCAGCGCGCGCGAGAAGCCCGGUCCCCAGUGCCACCAGCCUGUCGCCCGGCCCAUGGCGAGCCCCGGCCUGGGGCUCCUUCUGGCGCUCGGCCUGCCGCUGCUGCCGGCCCGCUGGGGCCGGGCCCGGGGGCAAAUGCUGGAUACCCGUAUAAAUGAGAACGGCACCGUUACACCUGCUGAGCCAGGCUCUGGCUCUGAUGGGGCCCUGUCUCAGGGGGCCAUCACUGCCAUCAUUGUGGUCUUCUCCCUCCUGGCUGCCCUGCUUCUGGCCGUGGGGCUCGUGUUGCUGGUGCGAAAACUGCGUGAAAAGCGGCAGACAGAGGGCACCUACCGGCCCAGCAGCGAGGAGCAGUUCAACCAUGCAGCCGAGGCCCGGGCUCCCCAGGACUCCAAGGAGACAGUGCGGGGCUGCCUGCCCAUCUAGGUCUCCUUGUCUAUCCGUCUUCCUUGCUGUGUGACCUUGGGGGAAGGCAGAGCCCUCUCUGGGUAAUCAGACCUACCCAGUGCUUAAGAAUAGCAGGGAAGAAGGUGCUUUAAAGACUCUGUCCCUGA